CUCUUCUAUUGUUUGUUCAUACAUAUAUACAUAUACAUAUAUUCUGUACAUAAUUUCUAGCUUUAAAGUUUAUGUAUUCAAAGAGUUAUUCCUAACUACAGCUAUUUUGGUUUGUGCAGGCUUUUGUUGUGUAGUUUGCUGAUUGGUUAUUAGAAGGGGCUUGUCUAUCCUUGUUUUUCUUUGGAUACAAGACUAGUCAUCUUUUUGUGAAGCCAAGGUCAAGAAGAAGAAGAAGAAGAAAUGGCUCCUGUUUCAUUGCCUCCUGGUUUUCGAUUCCAUCCGACCGACGAGGAACUCGUAGCUUAUUAUCUGAAAAGAAAGAUCAAUGGACAUAGGAUUGAAUUGGAGGUCAUUGCUGAAGUUGAUCUCUACAAGUGUGAGCCUUGGGACUUACCAGGGAAGGCAUUGUUACCAAGCAAAGAUCUGGAGUGGUAUUUCUUCAGUCCAAGAGAUCGAAAGUACCCGAACGGAUCAAGAACUAACAGAGCAACUCAAGCUGGUUAUUGGAAGGCCACAGGAAAGGACAGGAAAGUGAACUCCCAAAUGCGUGCUGUUGGGAUGAAGAAAACCCUAGUUUACUAUAGAGGAAGAGCUCCUCAUGGUACUCGUACCGGUUGGGUCAUGCACGAAUAUCGCCUCGAUGAGCGCGAAUGUGAAACUCCCUCCGGCUUGCAGGAUGCGUACGCGCUUUGUCGUGUGUUCAAGAAGAGUGCAAUUCCCCCCAAGAUUAAUAUGGAGAGUAAUAGCUAUGGCGGUGGUAGUGGUGUGACUAGGAAUGAUCAAAUGGGGAGUGAUCAACGUUCAUCCAGUGUUGAAUUAUAUUCAGAAGGAAGAUCAUGUCAUGAAGAAUUUGAUCAUCAAAGCAGCUCGGAUUAUCAUCAUCGACAAAUCCCAGUAAUGGAUACAUAUACUGCUCUCAGUAAUGUCGUCAAUGACCCAAGAGAUCAAGGAAUGUGGACACAGUACUUAUCAGAUGAUCUUGGAUUCAACCAUGCAACUCCUUCAUCUUCAAACUAUUAUGGAGGAAACAAUACUGCAUACCCUCCUUCCAAGGUUGAUAUAGCAUUGGAGUGUGCAAGGCUUCAACAUAGGUUCACACUACCACCAUUAGAGGUUGAAAGCUUCACUCAAACUUCAGGUGGAUUCACUGACCUAAGGAUGAAUCAAUGGAGUUCCAUGGGAAAUCAAACCUCGAAUCAUGAGACCGACUUUUUGCAGGAGAUUCUCUCGGUUGGUCAGGCAACGCAGGAACUUAUAAACCCACCAAGUAAUCACCAUCUUCAUCAAGAUACAUGGGGUGGGAAUUAUACUGCUACUAACCAAGAUGACUUCAGUUUCAUGGCUGCCAUGGAUGACAUAAACUCAAUGAGCUAUGACGACAAGUCAGGGAUCGGUCCAAGAACGACGAGGUCACUUGAGAUUAUGGGAGAUAUUGAUGGAGACUUCAAGCCAGAGAGAGUUGCAGAGAACUUGAGAUGGAUUGGAAUGUCAAAUGAAGAGUUGGAGAAGAGCUUUGGGGAUGAUCAACACAAGAUUGUUCCGAUAGAAGAUCUAUCAAGUUUACAUAGAAAUGAUGAUCAUCAUCAACUUCAAGUUGCAUGGGAUAAUGAGAAUAAUCAAAGCAACUGCACCGGAUUCAACCACAAGGAUGACUACUCGAUAGGGUUCACCGAAGAUAACCCGAAUUUCAUAGACAAUGAGGAUGAUGAUUUAGCAAGUUCGCCAAGCUUUGAGGUGGUAGAGGAGAUUAAAGUGAGUCAUGGAAUGUUCAUUUCGACUAGCCAAGCAGCCAAUACCUUCUUUCACAAAGUAGUGCCUUCUCAAACAGUGAGAGUUCACUUGAAUCCAGAAACAAUGACAACAAACAACUUCGUCUUCUUCAACAGCAAAGAAGACGAUAUUGGAGGCUCUUUCUUUACAAAAUUCGAGGCAUUUGCGAGGAAGAAGCUUGUGGGUUUGGUGGAUUUCAUAGUCGUGCUUCUCUUGAUGCAUUUCUUUCAUGUCGGACAAAGUAUGGAAGAGAAAGAUUGGUCUAACAAUGGCAAGACGAAGUCGAACCAUGAGGAGAUCAAAACAGUUAAGGAGGAUGCAGUGGUUAAGAUACGAGGAGGUACUAACUUAAGCAUGGUUUUGAAGAAGUUAGGGCUUUUAUUAGCCAUUUCUUUGGCACUAUGUAGCAUGUGGGUGGACCAUAACUAUUGACUCCUAUAUACCUAAUUUUAACCUAAUUUCUUCCUUUUCUUCUAACUAUACUAUUUGUAUCAAUGGGGAGGCAUAAUUGUGCAUUCUAGUUAUAGUUA